AUGCCAGCCAUACCCAACUCUCCAGCAACGCGUCAGGAGAAGACAGUCGACGACCGCGAUCCCGCGAUAGUCUACUCCAAACCGCCUCUAUAUGACUGGAACACGCGCUCCUAUGGCGGAUUCUGGGAGUACAUGGGCACCACCUCCCUGACCACCAGGAAAGGCGCAACAGCGACGUUUUCCUUUGACGGAACCUCCGUCUCGGUCUACGGAACGGUCACGGUCAACGCCUCCCUCUACCCCACGUCCUCGUACACGAUCGACGGCGGCGAGCCUGUGUUCUACACCCCGCAGCGCCCGGAAGAUCGCUCACGCGAGAUGUACCGGACGCCCUUCUUCCGCUCCCCCGAACUUUCGGCUGGACGACAUACCUUGGUCAUUCGGAACGAGGUGGAUGGCGGGUUGUACUGGCUGGAUUAUCUCACUUAUACCCCUGGGCCUCCAACAGUUGGGAUGGUCACUCGCACUAUUGUCGGUGCAAUCUUCGGAGCUUUGGCGAAUACCAGCUUGAUUUUCAUAGGCUUCAUUCUUGGUUUAAUGGUAGCUGCGUGCAUCAAGAGGAAGUCCAGACCUUUGAAGAAGCGUCCUGCCGCCCCGGCUACAAGUCCCUCAACAGAUAUUGCCCUCGAGGAGCAAGCCGCCCUCUAUGCGUCAUGGGAGAGCUACUCGGUCGAUCCUCCGAGCGCGAACUCGCCAGUAGCUCGGGCUCAUCAUGUUCCAGCAGAAGCUGUGCCUCCUCGCUACCAGCCCGCAUCGACCCUCGACAGUCUCGUGUAG